AUGACACCCCAUGAAGAGCGCCUUGUUCUUGAACUUCACUCCAAAUGGGGAAAUAGAUGGUCAAGAAUUGCCGGAGAAUUACCUGGUCGCACGGAUAAUGAGAUCAAAAAUUAUUGGAGAACUCAUAUGAGGAAAAAGGCACAAGAGAAGAAGAAAGCUAUAUCACCAUCUUCAUCUUCUUCGUCCUUCUCAUCGAAUAGCCCUGCUAUUGAAUUUGCCUCAGUUACAAAGAACAAUGAAUGUAGUUUUUACGAUACUGGAGGUCCCAACGUGCUAGAUAAGAAUGAUUUUGAGGCGGACAUGGAUGAAAUUUGGAAAGAUAUUGAAAUGUCUGAAGGAAAUUGCAAUAUUUUAUGCCAAAAAAUUGUCUCUCCUACAUGGGAUUUUUGUCAAGACUCCUCCCUAUGGCCAAUGGAUAAAGAAGAGCAAAGCAAGAUGGUCCUGCCAAUGAGUGAUCAUUUUAACUCUUUCACUUUUUACAAUCAAGAAAUGACUGGCCAAUCAGAUGUUUAUUUACUUGAGAAAAAAAUUUGUUUAUAG